AUGAGUUCUACAUUUUCUAUGACCUUAGUGCAAUCUGCUAGCCCAACAGAUUGUAAUUUAGCUUUCCAAAUAAACUCAACACUACCAAGUCCAGCCCAUCUUGUUAGCAAUAAAAAUGGAGAACAAGGAAGCCAAUCUCAGCAUCUGUGUGAUAUGUGGAGAGAUAUACAAGGUGCCCACAACUGGAAUGGUUUGCUUGAUCCCAUGGAUCCCAUUCUCAAAUCUGAAGUGCUGAGGUAUGGAAACAUGGCAAAGGUUUGUUAUGAUGCAUUUGAUGGUGAAAGUAGUUCUAAACAUUAUGGCGAGUGCAAGUACAGUAAAACAUCACUGUUUGACAAGAUGGGCAUGUCUGAAUGUGGCUACCGAGCAACUAAAUAUAUAUACGCUAAUACUAAUGUAUUGGCUGCACCUUUUGUUGAAAAAGCCAAAGACAGGGCUGUUUGGUUAGGGUUUAUUGCAGUCUGCGAGAGUGAAAAGGAGAUUAGAAGGCUUGGAAGACGAGAUAUUGUAGUUGCAUGGCGAGGAACCCAAACAACUCAAGAAUGGAUACAAGAUCUCAGGGAUUUUCUUAUACCAGCUAGAUUAUCUUAUAAGUGUGAAAGAACAAGCAAAGACCAUGGAGCAGCAAUUGCAAUAGCAAAUGAUGGAGUUCGUAUUGAAACUGGAUUCCUGAGCUGUUAUACUUCCAUCAUCAGUCAUGAAGAUUCUAAGGGAAAAUCUGUCAACAAGAGCGCCAGAGGUUUGGUGAAUGCAGAGAUAAGGAGAUUGCUCAAUGUUUACAAGAAUGAGAUCGACAAUUUAAGCAUAACUUUUACUGGACACAGCUUGGGAGCUGCGCUCACAACACUGAGUGCUUAUGACACCAAAAAUAUCCUUAAAGCUAACUGUUAUAAUAAUAUACCUGUAACAGUGUUUUCCUUUGCCUCGCCAAGAGUAGGAAAUCUUUCAUUUGCCAAAAAGGUAGAAGAUAUUGGCCUCAAGGUUAUGCGACUCGUGAACAAGGGCGACGUCGUUCCAAAAGUGCCUGGAGUUUUCAUGAACGAGAAGAUGGGAUUUCUUAGCAGGUGGCUGAGCUGGCUUCCAUGGACGUACUUUCAUGUUGGAGUUGAGGUCAGUUUAGGAAAUAACUCUUCGUCCCACCAGAAGAGUGUUGCUUACUAUCAUCAUUUAGAGGUUUAUCUCCGCUUAUUAGCCGGCUGUAAGGAAGACAAUAACUAG